AUGGACAGGGGGGCGGAGAGGCAAGGGAACAAGCAGCAGAACCCAGCCAAGGGUGGACGGACUCCCAAGGUGGUGGGGAUGUCAUUCCAGGAUCUCAUCCUCUUGGACGAUGGAAAAUGCUUCUACCGCUCUUGGUCUCGCAUCGUGUGCAUGGCCCGUGGCUCUCUCCAUGUGAUCACCACAAAUCCACUUCCCUCUGGUUGCUGGGAAGAACCUCAGCAUCUCGGACUCGUCUCAUCCUGGUCUCUCAUGAAUCCUGGCAAGCCAUCAUCGGAUGUUUCUCGUGAUCAACUCAACGAGCCAUACGUGAAGAUCUCAUGGCCGCCUUCCUUGGAACAAGAAUCUUCCCCAUCAGCAAAUAUCGUCACUGAGGGGGAAAGGUUCCUGCUUCUAUUUGGACAAAAUCAAUCUGGAAAGACUACAUUUCUCAUGAACAGAUUAAAAGGGAAGGCAGAGCAUGUAAAGGAGGAAAUGAGUAAGGACGAAUUAAGAAGCAAGACACGAAUUCUGUUCGUUGACUGUAGCAGAUGGUACAGGUACAGAUGUUCUAAAACCCUCUUCUUAGCGAGCAUGAAAGAGAGAAUGAAGAAGAUAGGACUGGAGAAAGUGGUAGAGGUCUUCGACGUCCAUGACCUCCUACAAGACUAUGGAUUCAAUUUAGAACUGUCUGUUUAUCCGCAAUCUAUGGAAAAGCUUCUGGUAAAAAUGUCUCAAGAGGGGGAAAAGGAAGGACAAACUAUUCACAUUGCCUUGGACAAUGCCCCCGUUCAUGCGAUCGGACGUGGACCUGGAGAUACGGAUGGAUUGAGGAAGGAUUGGGAGUCCAUCCUUGAAAAUCUCUUUUCCUAUACUUCUCUCGCUUCUCUCACCAUCGCCUUCCUACCCUACGUCGGGUAUGCCACCGCCACCUGCGACGUGAAGAAGUUCGUGAAGGAAUUCAAAAAUGACCUUCCAGAAACAAGGGUGAUGACCCUGGGGGGUGGAUAUCGGAAUGUAGGUUUCCCCAGCUUCCUCCGUUAUGUCCUCUCCCACGAAUCCCCCUAUGAGCUGAGGGUGAAGCCUGGGACCUUGAACACAAGGCCUCAGCCUCCUCCCUAGUGCCCGGGGAGAAACCCCUUCUCAUUACUCCUCCUCUGGAGGCACAUAACCAUGGAGGAUUCAUGUGCGUUGGUGGCCGGGGUCGAGGAUGCCUUGCCGUCACAGCUGCGGCUUACCUUCACUCCCAAGAAUAUGUA